ACAUCAUCUCAUUCAUCAAAACAUGGAGUACUACACAUUCACCGAGAACGACGAAGAACGUGUAUCGGGAAACCAUCACGUGAAGAACACGUGGGUGAAAGAACGUUACGAGAGCGAUGAAGAAGAUGCAGAAGUGAACAAACUCAUCCUAAAGGAAGACGAAGAGACUAAAGAUAUGGUGACAUCGCAGAGUGGUGAGAGGUUGAUGUUGACGAGUAAGGUGAGGUAUCUCAACUAUGAUGCUCUCAAACAUGACACGGGGGCUCCGGCAGCUUCCGGUGGUGGAGGAAGAGCCUUGCCUCCUCCGUCUAACAGGUACCACCGUGGCCACCCCAAGUACUACCGAUGCAGGGGUUGAAGUGAAAACUCUACGAAUACAAGAACCCUAUGUAUUGUAAUAAUAAGUUUGUUGAGUGUAUAUGUAUACUCCAUGCAACGUGUGUUAUCUAAAGACUAAUUAUAAGAGAAACAACCAAUUAUGGAAGUAGAUAUAUGGAAGGUAGUUGCAACAA